CAAUUACAUUUGCCGUUUUGUACAUCGCCCCCGCCCUUGUAUAGCACGCGCAACGAUAUUUGUCACUGUUUAAUCUAGACAGAAACAUAUAAUUCAGAUUCCCGCCUUAAGUAACACAACAAGAAUUUCGUAGAUCUCAGGUGUUCGAAGUUUAAAAGAGAAACCAAAUUGUUACCAAAAUCUUUGCUCACCUUUAUCGCACGCUGUUUAUCAAAUUUCAAGAGUUUUUUUCUCUCUUGAGAUAGCAUCAGACAUAGAAAUUGAGUAACGAUUUCUCCUAAAGACGGAGGACCGGUCAUAGCUAUUGUGACUUCCUGGCGUAAGUCCUAAACGUCAUAUACUUCAACAUUAACCCUGCCACCUACGUUUACAGGCGCUAUUGAUAAAUGGUGGCAACCAGCAGCAUGAUCUACGAGGAGAUAGCAGGGGCCAGAGAGAGUUGACCUCAGCCACCCCGCACUCUUUUAACGUGCGAGAUGCCACACAACUUUAAUUCCUCCUCAGCCAAUACAGCUAGUGCGGGGCCCAAUCAGCAGCCCUAUCCCCCUACACAACCGUUCUGUCGUGCCAAUGGGGAUGGCCUACAGCUUGAAAAGGAACCGGUGGAAUUUGACACUUCGCACUUAAGGGGUGCGCCGCUGGAGGUAGAAGCGUUGGUACAUAAUAUCAAAGAUGUCGCUCAACAAUUUCUCUAUCAUUGGAGAACUUUUCCGAUCAUUCUUCCGCCCCCUCUUUCCUCAACAUCGGAUGGAGAGGAUACAUUGGCACGCAAAAAGUAUCAUUUGAAAGAUUUAUUUGUUGCACCCAGCUUCGAUGAGCUGGAUGCUGUGGCAGUAGACAGCAAAGGUGAACCAAGAAGGCUGAUAAACAAACAAUUAGAGAGCAUCCGAGAAAGAGGCUUGCACAAGGAUAAAUAUGGAAAACCGAAGAAGCUGAAUGUCAUUCAGCUGGAGAGCAUUCGUAUUUGCGGGGAGUUUGAAGUAGAAUCUGUAAACUUUGCGGGUCAAACACAUCGGUGGCGUUUGAGUUCGUUACUGCAACUUGGUAGUGACCGAAGACGAGAUGCACUGCUUCGAGACCUUGCAUUGGCUACCAGAUUUCUAGUGGUCACAGCUAAGGCUAGACUUAUGUCUCAUUGCUUCAGCGUAUCAGAAUCCUUCAAGGCUCUAUUAACCGGUCUUCUAAAACUAUUUGACAUAACCAUGGGCAUACCAUCGUUGCAAGCUCAGAACUUGGACUCUAAAAUAAGAGAAGAGCGCUGUAGGUAUCUAGUAGCGGAAUUGGUUUGCAGGCCGGAGUAUGAAGAUUCAUUGGAACUGCUUUGCGCGUUUGUCAGAAGGCAGCUGCGUCGUGCAACUACGGAAAAAUUUGAAAUUGAAAGAGAAUCCUUACAGUUACUUCCUGUGCCAGUACCUUUUGUCUUUGGAACACCUGGCGGUAACCCUGUAGAUCUACGACUGUUUAGCAGGGAUAUUAUGCGCAAAGCAUUGCCUACGCUUGUUAAUAUUCUAGAACGGGAAACCAGAGGCUGGUUUUUACACUUUCGGGAACGAUUGAUCUCUGAAUUACGGACACAGAAGAAAUCAGAUGAGGAAAUAGAAAAGGAUGUGAAUGAAGCAGUCAUGAAGGAAUAUUUGCAGCGGGUUUAUUCGAACAUAUUAUCGCACCCAGAUAUUCAGGCUUUGGGCGACGGAAUCGCACAACUUUUAGUUCAGCAGGCCCAAUCUGUUGUCUUAAUGCACAGAGCAGUAGAGAACGUGCAAAGUGAAUUAUUGAAGACUAAAGAAUUGCUGAGAGAACAUAUGGAAAGUGAGCAUCCGGUGCUCUCCCGUAUUGGACCUUGGAUGCGAGAUCGGAUGCAGGAAGCAGAGGCCCGGUUUAUAGAUGAACGUGAAUGGAGCGCUCACGAAGAAGCGCUGGCGUUGUGCCAUCAGCAAAAUUUGCAACAGACAAUCUAUUUUCUAAAUAGAGAUUUGACAUUUAUGAAGGAGAGAGAACCAUUGCUGCUCAAAGAAUUGAGAAAAGUGAAAACUCCAACUAGAAGCUUUCAAUGGCCGAUACAAAUUUGGUGUCCGCAUAAUUGGAUAGUCAGACGUAGUUUUCAAGGUCAAUCCGAUGUGAUACCUACAGUUCUGAGUAACACGCCAACAUCGAUCACCACCCCAAGAGCCGAUCCAGGUCAACCUGUCUUUUUAGUCGAAAAGCAGAUCAUUCACACAACUACAACACGAUGGCCGAUGUGGCGAUGGAUAAAUUACGUAGCUAGAACAUGGUGUUGGACAUGGAAUGCAAUGUUUUUAUUGGGUGUGGCCGUGCCCUGGUGCAGUCCGGUUUCAUUGCGAGCUCUCUUACUCACGCAACCUUUCACUCCUGAUCUAGAGCUGAGCCAAUUGAAUGGCACUCUUUUCCCUCGUAAAUCCUCCCUUACUCCUACGCUCUGUUCGCGACUCGUAUCUCUCUGGAGGCAUAUCAGCAAAAGCAGAACGCAUUUCGAGACUGAACCAGAUACUGGAUUUAUUGGCAAGGGCAUGACGCGACAUUUAAAUAGAUUGUGGAAUUACGGCGCGAAAGGUGUUCUUGGCACUCUUGGUAUAUUGCUCAUAUUUCCCAUAAUCUGCAUCGCUACUAGCAUCGUAUCCCUACUGGUGGCUAUCACUGCCUUCGUAUGGAUGCCAGUGAUGACGUUGGUGUUGCACGUAUUCAUGGCGUUUGUUAUGGAUUUGGAUGGUCCAGACGCAGGACGAAACCGUUACUUGGUCGUAAUGGAGGCCAUAAUUUGGAAUAUCGGGAUUCAAGGGUGCCUACAACCCAUCGCCGCUAUACUCAUGUCCCUUGUGAUCUGUCCACUGAUAUCGUUGACCAUACUCACAGUUGCGGUGACACGCUAUUGGAUCAGAGUUAUGUGGGACACAGCGAUGUUUCACCUUGUGAUAAAAAAGCGGGGUCGAAUACCUGCGUGCGAUAGUUUUGUUGUAAAAAGAAUCAGUGGGCCGGGUCUAGCCUCGCAUUAUUAUUAUCAAAUACGACCUGAGCAAGCGUUGGCGGCAUUGGAAGCAAAAUUGGAGCUUGAUGAGCUGCUUGCAUUCCAGCAAGAGACUGAACGACUGAUAACACAACCGCAACGAGACUUUACUCAGUUUGUCGAAGCUUGUUUUGGACCAUUUGCAGCAAACUUGGCAAAGACCAAAGACCCUUAUAGAGCGUUGGAAAAAGAGGCUCGAGAUCUCGUUGCAGUUUUGCACGAAAAAUUGGACCGACGUAGACGUGACCUACAAACUGGUCUCGGGGUCACUAUUAGGAGUAAAGUUAAACUCACCGCCUCCAAUUUGAAGAUUGUGAUACGUCAGGGCGCGUUGAUGCUCGAGCGGUUAUACCCAUCACAUGUAUUUAUCAGGCUCUUGGUGAGCGAAGAAGAUUUCUGGGAAAAUAAAGGAUUGUGUGUGGGAGACUGGGCAGGACUCGCAGGACUGAUGUACGCUGAUAUCUUCAGUCUUGACUUUUUAGAGCCUCUGGAAGAUACCGAUACCAAAUUCAAACUGGAACCGUACCCUGGAGUGGACCUUACUCGAUACACCGAUAUGAUCGACAGUACUGAACUAACCAGCGCCGACGGUCCUGACUUUUUGGGUCCUGUUUACGUUCCUCGUGGAAAUAUCCAAGUGCACAGCCCCUAUUUAGAAGUCUCCGCGUUCAAUCCGAGAGCGAAACAACCAAAUAACAGCAGGAAGUCCGACAAGCGAUGCGACACGUCUGGCUUGUUGACGCCUACGAGAAUAAAGCAAAGCACAAUAGCAAGUAAUGGAACAGGCGAGGCGCGUUGGCGACCUUGGAAAAGACACUUGCAUCCUUACAGUGCUGAAAAACUUCUAAUUCCCUUGCCUGUACCACAUCCUGCUCACAUAGCGAUCACAAUUCAUAAUCGUGAUACGGAAGACCCGAUACCGUUGGAUUCGGAACUGUGCCAGAAUAUUUUGAGGGCAAUAGAAGAAUCUCCCGGUGAAAUGGCAACUGAGAAUGCAUGUCGUAACAGAGGAGGUGGAGAUUCGAGCUUCGAUUCUGUCGCCUCUCAAUCAUCCGUAUCUAUCGCUACCGGACAAGACAAAGACAACGAAAUUCGUGAGGCUGACGAUACCGAGAAGGAAGCCAAAACGUAUCAUUGGACAUUAUCGAAUUGGGGAGGAGGUAUAAAUGGCCGAAGAAAUAAUUCAGGAUCUAUCAGAGUGGAUUUAGCUUCGCCAGAAGACGUUACUUUAGAUACAGAUACUACAAGGGUCAUGUUUAGCACGUAUGGAACAACCGUUUGAAUCAACAACCUAUAUUUUUUGAUGCGAUCAGCGAGGAGUACUGGUGAGCAUUCUAAAAGUCCGUGAAGUAAUGAUAAUAUGAAUACCCAAUAAUAAUAUUAAUAAACUUCUUGACCGUAAUAUCGUUCCAAAAAUAGAUCAGACCAUCUAAUAAGUAGUUAAGAUUUAUUCAAAUUCACAAGCUUCGUAGCUUACGAUUAGCUUCAGUAGCUUCAACCUUUGAUAUGAUACGCUCGGUGAUUAUUAGGCUAAAUGACAUUUUUUAAAUCUACCAUCAUAGAUACGAAAUACAAUAUGUACGGAUAUUGUAUGUUAACAACCAAGACGUAGGGGAAGUUUCUUCGAGACUCGUUCUUAGUUGUUUUUUCUGUCGACUUUCAGUAACUGGAGUUUCUUCGAUACACAGCAAUACGAAUUUUCAAACAGAUACCAUAGCGAAUCAGACAAAUGUUUAUGAAUAUUCAACGAGUUAUUCUAUUCAGAUAUUUUAGAAUUACAACUUAUUGCAAAGACGAUGUGCGAAAAAAGUAAAAGAAACUAUCUUGGCCUCCGAAUAAUCCAGUGUUGAUCACUGUUGAUAUGACGGUUUCAACUCCUAUGAAUCAUAUUUCAACCUCUUACAAUUUUAGUUACCAAAAUUAUUUAUAUAACAUACAUACAUACGCACAUAGGUAUGUGUGUGAUACAUAUAAACAUGCGAUGAUUGUAUAUUAAAAAAGAUGAUUGGAAUUGCUAUAAAAAAACGAAGAAAAAAAAAAUAUGUUGACACAUUUGGAGUCUGGAUUAUUAUUUAUCGAGUAGUUUUACUCGGAAGUAAUAACAUCGUCCAAUAAAAAAUGAAUAUCUACCUUCCAAA